AAAUAACAUCACCAGCCUCUGUAUGAGACAAGUAGUUGGGCUCCCUCCGCACAAAAUAAUGCCUAGAAAUACAGCUCAACAUGAAAUCCUAUCUCCACCCCGCCCCCCAUGGAGUCAAGAGAGUCAAACUCAAACACAAAGAGGGGCAGAACUGUUACUAAAAGUGUUAUUUUUUCAACACUGGGCACAAGCACUUAAAGUCACAGCUAUCUAAAGAUUACUGAGUUGUUUAAUAAAGAGGUUGAAGACGCUCAGGCUAAGGACCUGGCAGAAAGUAGUUAGCUCUAUUUUUACAGAGGCAGGGUGUGGGGAAGGAGAAAAUCUGUGUCCAGUUUUCGGCAGAAACUUCCAACCCAAGUUCCAUCCCUCCUUCUGAGAGAUGCUACUUUGAUGGGUCUAGUUUUGCAAAACUCCUAACAGAUUACGCAAGCUGUUUGAGCGAAAAGAUCUGAAGAGUCAGAGCAGACUCUGGAACUUAAAUCCCUGUGAUCUUCGGUUGGUUUUCCCAUACACCCAAUGGGGACCUUUCCGUGGCAGAAGGUGGUUGCCAGGAUCAAAUGAGAAAAGACGCGCUAAAGCGUCACGCUGUUGUUACCCAGUCGUCCAAGGUGACCUGUUUACCUUGAAAACUUAGACGUGAUCCGAACAGCAGAGCAGUAAGGGACUUCGCCGAUGUGCUUCCGAUAUUACACCGCAUAAACCAGAACCCAGAGCUACAAGAGACAUGUCUAAAGGGCCUGUAUUCCCUUCCAAGAUUCAUGCAAAGUGGUUCAUUGUGUGAAGGACCUCAGUAUUUGAUUCACUCCUACAACUUUUCACUGACAUUACACAGUGAGGAAAUUAUGAGCAACAGCUAUCGCUCUCUGAGGGUGGAAACUGCCAUGAUUCACAAAGACAAGAAGUAAUUUUCUGUAAUCACAAGAUGACUCAGGUUAGUAGCUUUCAGCUAUUAGACCAAUUCAAAUAAUAUGAGGUGAAAUAUUCAGUAAACCUAAUUAGUCCCAAUUCCUAUAAUUUAAACUUUAUGACAAUAUGAUAUAAAGUAAGCUGGAGUUUAUUUUUGUAGUAGGUCAAAAAAAAAUAUCUGAAAAUAGUUAUCCAGGGAGAGUUAAAAUUAUAAGAAUGUGUUUAUAGUGUUUUAUGAGAGAGUGAAAUGUUUAUAAGACUUAAGCAUGUUGUGAAAUGAUAGUUUUUAUCAUGUGAAAGUUUGAAGUAUAAUUUGUACUUGAAACUAAUAUGUAUAUGUUAAAUUUGAAGUAUUGUGUAUUAAAAAGUUUUUUUAAAAAAACCUAUGCACUUUAUAAUUAAGUCUUUUUAUAAGUCAAGUCUUGGAACUGUCCUGACCAAUUUAUAUUUUCACUUUGGAAAUAUAGUUUGAAUAUAUCUUUGAAACAUCAAGCAGUCUUAUGAUCUUUUUUAUUACUGUGUCUUCUGUGGUAUUUUAAAUAGGAGAACAAUUUACAGUGUUUAUAUUUGUUUAGUAACAAAAAUGUGACUACUGCAUGUCCUGGUUAUAAAUCUCUAAAAUAGGCUUCUUUCUGCAAGACAAGGAAAUUAUGAAACACAAAACACAACUAGGAAAGCUCAGUCAUGGCCUUGCUUCUUCUGAGUGCCUCUGAACCCCUACCAGGGUAUUAAGGAUUCAGGACCAAUAUUUGAGGACUGGUUUAUCUGGAGUAAAGUAUUGUCUUGAAGAGGGAGCUAAGGAAACAGUUCACUGAUUUAUUGGUUUUACAGUGAAUUAUUGAGUGAAAGCACUACACAAUAUAUAAAAGAAAGGUUAAGUUUCAGUUCCUGCCCUCCAGGAGCUUCUAAUCUAGUUGGGAACAUAUAGAGUUGAGAGUUCAAGACAGUAUCAAGAGAAAUUCUAUAAGAAUGACAGCAAUAAUAAGUAUAGCUGCCCAUAAAAUCAUUAUGGGAGGGGGAAGAAGCUGAGUUGGACUUGGAAGGCCAGUAAGAUUUUGGAAGGGGAACAUUUCAGGUGGGAAAGAAAUAGCCUGCUAGCUUCAGCAAAGACAAGGCCCAUUCAGGGAAAGGUGAGUAGAGUUCUUUGGGUGGAGCUGAGAAUUUGAGUUGUGGCACUUACUGGACAUGGCUAGAAAGCUAGACUGUCACCAGGUCAUGAGGCUUUUGAACACUAAAUUAAGGAGUGCAAGCUUUAUCCCAUGGAGGCCCCCUGAAGGGUUUUCAGCAGGGAGGGAAGAUUAUCAAAUUGACAUUACAGGAAAAUUUUCCAGCAUUGGCGUGAAACAGAGAUUCUAAACUGCUUUUCUUGAAUUCGUGGAGGGAAAAUUACAAGUUACAGCCAUUGAACCUGAAAGAGCACAUGUGCCGUGUGGUCUCUGCAGUCGCCUUCCAGAAACUGACCAAUAAUUGAAAAGGAAUAUUGCAACCUUCCAGCAUCAUAUUAGAGGUGGCAGGUGUCAUCAGGAAUGGGAGAAAGGAUGGAUUAUGCAGCGGCCCAGCUGGAGAAGCAGCAUGUGCAUGAUGUGUAUAAGAGCACCGCGCCUUACUUCAGUGACCUGCAGAGCAAAGCCUGGCCUCGUGUCCGCCAGUUCCUCCAGGAGCAGAAGCCAGGCAGCCUCAUUGCUGACAUAGGUUGCGGGACUGGAAAGUAUCUUAAGGUGAACAGCCAGGUCCAUACCCUGGGCUGUGAUUACUGUGAGCCACUGGUAGAGAUUGCCCGGAAUAGAGGAUGUGAAGUCAUGGUAUGUGACAACCUUAAUCUCCCCUUUAGGGACCAGGGCUUCGAUGCCAUCAUCUCCAUAGGAGUCAUACAUCAUUUUUCUACCAAACAAAGAAGAAUCAGAGCAAUAAAAGAAAUGGCCAGGGUCUUAGUUCCCGGAGGCCAGCUGAUGAUUUACGUUUGGGCCAUGGAACAAAAGAACCGGCACUUUGAGAAGCAAGAUGUGCUUGUCCCAUGGAACAAAGCCUUGUGCUCCCAGUCCCUCUUAGAAUCCAGCCAGCCUGGGAGAAGGAAGCAGUGUGGGCACCCAGAAAGAAGCCACCCCUACCAUGCUCCCUGCUCCGGGUGCCGCUGUUCUUUUUGUUUUAAGGAGCGCUGUGAUUCGAAGCGGUCCCAUAGUGUGGACUGUGACUCUGUUCUGACUGGCACCUGCUGUGCAAAUACUUCUCAGGAAGGCGAAGAAGAAAAUGGAUUCUAUAACACAUUGGGAAAGUCUUUUCGUUCCUGGUUUUCCUCGAGAUCUUUGGAUGAAUCAACUCUGAGGAAGCAAACUGAAAGAGUGAGAUCCCUGAAGAACACAGAACCUUGGGCCAACAGCGCUAUAUCCAUCCAGCCUUCGGGACACUCAAGUUUAGACUUGGAUCAUCAUGAGCCAUUUGCAACAGGAGAGCAAAAUUUAGAUGAGGACGUGUUUGUGGAGACGUCUCAAAAACACCUGGAGUGGCUGAGAGCACCAGCCACAUGGAAGUAUCUGAACGGAGACCAUCAAGAAGACAUUAGGAGAAAUGGAGAGGAGAACUUCCUGGGUAGCACUGUUACUAAGGAGGACCAUGUGGAUGCAGGUAACUUCGAGGAAGGGAACCCUUCUGCUAGUAAAGUAUGGAGAAGGAUUUCUGCAGUCGAUCCCACAGAUUCCAACCCAGGUGACACUGUUUCUGUCAAAGAAAAACAACCCAACAUUUUGGAUUCCAGAGCCUAUAUGCGCUAUUACCACGUGUUUCGAGAAGGCGAGCUCUGUGGCCUGCUGAAGGAGAAUGUGUCGGAGCUCCAUAUUCUGAGCUCUGGGAAUGAUCAUGGCAACUGGUGUAUCAUUGCAGAGAAGAAGGGAAGUUGUGAUUGACUGGAUCAUUUUAGACAACUCCUCCAAAAGAUGAACCACCGUUCUUCUUACUGGGUUUGUGAUGUGAUUCCCUGAAUUGGGAUCCAGUUUCAUUACUUUUUAAUCCAUUGAUAUUUUGGUCUAUAGAGACUAUGAAUUCAUCCUCUUUUUAGGCUACAGACAAACACAGUGCUUGGCAUCUAAAGUAUCUGACAAAGAGAAUUUGUGGUUAAAGGUUACUAGAAGAGACCUCUAGAAGAAAUAUAACAUGACUUCCCUAUGGUUUGGAUUACUAUAGAAAUACACAUGUACUGUUUUUCAGUAUUAUGCAGUGACUUUUAAAAAGUCUAUCUUCUAAAAACCUCAUUUUUGUACAAUAAGGGGGUAAUUCCUGCUUCUCUGGUUAUAACUUAGAUUUAUGUGCAAGAUAAUCAGUACACUUAUACCAUUGCACAGAGGCAAACUGAACCAUGUGAUAAAUUAUUUCAUUGCCAAGGCCGUGCUUCUACUUUAAGUCUUCAGAAAGAUGAGAGACGGUGGACAGAGACAAGAAAUGUUCUGAGAACUUUUCUAAACAAUAAGCAGACUUGCUUCAAGACAAGUAAAUAAUAAGAUUUUCGAUGUUGCUCAAAAGGCCUUUAAAGGCACUGUCAGCAUGUAGAAAGUGGAGGAGGUGAGUCCUAGAAGUUGUGGCAAGUUACCCAGGUGGUGUUUCUCCAACCAUAUUAGAAGCAAGAAUACCCAGUUAUGGUAAGACCAAGACUGACUAGUGGGUUUUCACCUGGAAUGAUGCCUUCCUUAUGAAAUGAAGGGAUAUUAGGGAAAUGAAAAUCUGGUUGAAGUACUAUUUUAUUUUGGCUCUCAAAACAAAUGGAUUGUUAAUAUGCAAGAUAUUUGGCCUUGGGAGAGGACUUUUAGCUGGAUUUUAAAAAAUAACAUCUGGACAUUUAUCUUAUUAAAAGAGACUGCAUUUUAAUCGUUGUAGUAGGGAUUUAGGCAGAAUCAAGUCCUACUGAUUAAAGGUUCAAUUUCUGCCAAUUUUUAGACAAAUAGUUGGGCAUUAUCUGGUCACCACAUCUGUUUACAUUUAACCAUAGGUCUGUUUAAAUCCAUGUUAUGGAUCCUGAGACAUAGAUAUAAUUAGGAGAAACAGAAACAAGCUAACCCAGGAACAGUUUCAGAUAGUUCCUUACAGAGAAGAGAAUGAACAUUUGACAAGUCUUUUUACUGUAUGGACCACUGAAAUCCUGGAGGAAACCCAAUUCUUGUUUUGUUUUCCACUGAAAUUACUAAAAUAGUAAAAGAUUUCAUUGUUUGGGGCUUCUGUUUUCCCUUGGUGACUCAGCUUUCUAACUUAAAAUAAUGAUGCUACUUUCAAAGAAAUUUAAAGGAUUAUAUGUAAUGUGUAUGUGAAAAGUACUGAUGUUUAUUAUUCUCUCUUGGCUUCAAAAUAAGAUUGCACAUCACCUUUUUGGUUGAUGAGGUUGUCGGGUAGAAAGGAACUCUAUGAUUUGUAUUGUUCUGGGCACAGUCUGCAUCAGAGGGAUGAUGAAAACAGACAUAAAAGUGGAAUGUAAAUUAAAAUUUAAUUUAAUGUCUUCCAUUUCUUAAAUGAGGACAUUAAACCAUGAGUGUAAGUGGGUUUUGUUUUUUGUUUUUUGGGGGUUUUUUUGGUGGGAAGAAAAGGUUCUCAGAGUCAGAGAUGUUCUUACAAUUAAGGCAUGAGGACCUUUUUUUAUGAGUGGAUUUUUCCUUUUCUUGAAGCCUAUUGUCACAUGUAUCGUUAAUCCCAGCUUUGCUGCUAGAAAUCUGUUUAAAGUCAUGGUUUUCUGGUGGUAGCCUACCACUUACGUGGAACUCAGUUUAUUAGACUGAACCAGAAAAGCUUUAAGCAAACCUUUACAAGCAACCUCCUACACACACACACACACACACACACACACACACACACACACUGCUUGGAAUAAAAUGACUCCCUUAGAAUGGUUCUUGAGGGAGGAAUGUUUUCACAUAAUUUUGAUAGAGAUGUAAAUAAAAAAAAACACCAAUAAUAGCAAUCUUCCACUUUUCAUCUACUGAUUCUGGAUUCUAUUCAUCCAGACAUGAUUUUGUAUGCAAAUAUUUGACUUUGUGGUUGAUAAUCUCUUUGAUACAUCCAUGUGAAAGGCACUCUUAAAUAUAAUUUCUGCCUUUGGAGAUAUAGAUAUAUCUCCAUGGAUAUAUAUGGAUGUGGUAUGUCCACAUACUUCAUAUAUACAUGAUACAUACAUAUGUCAUUGAAGACCCUACCUAAUGUAAAUAUCUUGAUCAUUUAAAAUUUUGCUCACCUAGGACUGUCCUCAAAAAGAAAUACAAAUCAUAAGUAAGUUUAAACAUACAGAGAUUAUUUGUGAGUAUUUAUUUGGCCUUAACUUGCUCGAUUACAGAUCUUGCUGAUCUAUCAGAAGUAUGUAAUUUGAAAACGUAGAUCCCAUUGUUAAUACUGGCUCAAAGAGUGUCUUUCUUGUUCCUUCUCCUUUACUUGCUGGCCUUGCUGCAGAAUCCCACUCCCUGAAGUGGAGGGGAGCAUGUGGGGGGGUUAUUGGGAGGUCCUUAAAAACCUCUGCUGGCUUAUUGAUGCCUUCCUGGCCUUCAUGAGGAAUUCCAUAUAAACAGUCAAAUGGUUUGGGGGAAAGUGCAUUAAUGUGGACAAAGGAUGUAACAGUGAGAACAAGGCAAGUGGCCUAUUUAAAUUAUUUUUAAAGUUGUCACUGAAAUGAUGAAAUGGCACCAGCACAUCACAGUAACUUAACUAACAAGCCAUCUAUCAAAUGUCCUGGAGUAUCAACUGGGUUUGGUCCUCCUUUCUCUCCAGGCAUCCCUGUUGUGCAGGAUGGUGCGGGUUCCUGUUUCUAGUUCACCUUUCUGUGUCCUUCCAAAUUCUAGAUGUCUAGGCUUCCUCUGUGUUUUAACUGACUGCCAUUUGAACGGGCAAAAAUUGGUGGGAGUCCAGAGAGAAAAUGAUCCAACCAUAAAUCAGCUGGGAAUGUUAAUGUACCUGCAUAUUAAUGGCCGCAAAAAGAAGCACUGGUGGAUUUUUAAAUAAAAAUAAAGAGGUUUGGAGGAGGAUAGAGAGUCUAACCCAAAGCCAUUGAUCCUGGUGUGUGUGGGGAGUGCGGGGGUGGGGGUACUCCUUAAAAAUGAGUUGUGAGCUCUCAGUCUGAGAGGGAGGGGAAACGGGGCAUAACCACUGGCCAGGCAGCUGCAGUCCAAGAACAAAGGAGGGCAAGCCUGCACGUUUCUCUCCUAUGGUGGAGGAAAUAUGAAAUGAUAAUAAUAAAGGCAGCUAACUUUAAAAACA